CGAUGCUCUCAUCAUCAUCAAUCAUCAUCAUCAUCACCGAAACUUUUCACUUCGCAAAGCUCGCACUCUCAGACUUCACUGCUGAAACAAGAUGGUGUCGCCGAGCGAUCUGAUGGCGUCCCUGAAAGCCCUGCUCGUGUCGGCCGGCGCGGUGUCCAUUGCCGCCGCAGCCCUCAGAGCCUCUGUCCCAUCGACCUCCGCCGACACUCUGGCGGCGCUCCUCUCAUGCUUCAGGCCUCCGUACCACUUUGUCGUUGUCAACAGCAUCAUCAUCGCCAUCGCCGUCACCUCCAGGUGCUUCCACCACCCGCAGCCGGAGGCGGCCGCCGCCCCGGGGAGGAUCGGGGUCGUGGAGGUAGCGGAGGCUGCGCCGGUGACAGAGGUGGAGGCGGAGGCAUUCGAUGAGUCUAAGGAUUUCGAGGAGAAGAGAGUGGAGGUGGUGGUGGAGGGGAACGGCGGGGGAUUCGGCGGCGGAGAUGGAUAUAACGGUGGCUGCGAAGGGGAGAGGAAGGUGGCGUCCGGGAGGUCCGCAUCGGCGCCACGGAGGCAAGUGGACGCGUCGGAGAAAGCUCUGGUUUCGCCGAGGCUUGUCCGCCGGAAAGCUGCCAACGGCGACCGCCUUCAAGGGGGCGAAACUUUGAGAAAACCCAUGAGGAGAUCCAACGAAAGUAUGGAGAACAUAUGGAAAGCGAUAGUUGAGGCGGGUGCGGGGAAAUCGACGAUAUGGCCCGUGAAAGUAAACGAUACCGACCGUCAGAUCAGCUUGCUGGGGUCACCGUCGCCGUCUUCGAUACGAAAAUCAGCGACGUUUAGGGAUCGCACCAACCAGCUGAGGAAGGAGCUGAGCCCGGACGAGCUCAAUCGCCAGGUCGAGGCAUUCAUCAACAAGUUCAACAAAGAAAUGAGGCUACAGAGACAAGAGUCAUUAAAUCAAUUAAAGGAGACGAUCAGUCGUGGAACGUAGGGCCGUAGAAUUCGCCAAAGGAGUGAGCAAAGUGAAACGUUUGACAAGAAAAAUGAGUUUCUUUUUUUUUUUUUUGUGAAAAUAUAGUGGGAGGAAAUGAUUUUUAUUUUAUUUUUUUCAUUUUCCCUUGGGACCUAAGUUUGUGAAAAUUAUUUCUAAGAGUCAUACUAUAGUUAGGUCCAAAAAACAGUUGUAAUUAUUUCUUUGUUCUUUGUUCUUUGGAUGCCAUAUAUUUUAUAAGGGCCUUUGUGGGUUGGUGCAAGUUCUUGUACAGGAAAGAUAGAAAUACCAGAUAUGUUGAUUCAAUGUUGAAAUGGAAAAGGAAUAUCUUUACUUUCUUUAUUUUCUUUA